AUGUCUGGAUCAGGUUCAGCCGGACCCGGAGGCGGCUGCGACCCGUUGCCAAUCUUGCUGUGGCACUUCCUGGUGUGGGCAACUUCCAGACCCAUGGGAGGAGGUCUGCCCGCUGAGGAGUGGUACAAAACUUACAAGAUCCGUAAAGGUCCAGGCGACUUUUAUUCUUUUGUCUUUAAUGACACCAUGGGCUAUGAGAGAGGUACCAACGCUGGUGUUCUUGUGGAAGACGUUGAACUGGCCCUGAGAGGACAUGUGGAAGACGGUUACAAGUUUUCUCCCAGCCAACUGAUGGAGGGUGAUAGAUAUUACAACUCAUCUCCCACUCUGGAGGACAGAGUUCACGUUCUGGUCUCUGUGCUUCCUGCUGACUCACUAUCUGUAAUAAGUGAAGAAGUUCUGAGGAAGAUGAGAGAAGUCACACUCGCAGCCAGUUACACGGGAAUUCCCCAACUGGCUAUUCUCACCAAAGUGGAUGAAACCUGUCCUAAAACGAAGAAAAAUAUAAAGGAUGCCUAUAAGAGCAAGUACCUGAAGGAAAAGGUCGAUGAAUCCAGCAUGAUGCUGAGUAUUCCACAGGACUGCAUCUUCCUCGUGAAGAACUAUAGUUCAGAUGAUAUCGACACGACUGAUGACAAGGACGCACUGAUACUGAACGCACUGAGACAGAUGAUCACAUUUGGAGAAGGCUACCUCAAUAAUCUGUAGAUCUGCAUUCUGUUGAAGAAAACUUUGUACGAUCAAAGCAUGAAAAAAAUGUGCUUCUGUAUUUAAUUUAUGAAGAACAGUUCUGUUUUUUAAACUGAUAUACUGAGUAUAUAGUUGCAGUGUGGUUGUAUGAGGAA